AUGGACUACAGCGCAUCCAUCCACGAGUCUGACGAUCCGGUGGGAGCUUCGCCCUGGGGCAACUCUCCCACCUCUUCGCCCAAGAGAAACCCGCCUUCCUUUGCCAGCCUCCCCCAGGAAACCUCCUCGUCCUCGUUUCCCUUCUCGUCGCAAGACUCCAACAGCCUAGGCAGCCCAGCUCUCGGCGCCGACGGCUUCCAGCGACCGGGCACUGCCACCACGGCCUCGGAGACGGAAGGCGAGACCGAUCACGAAACGGUCCAGGGCCAUGAAGAGUCAGAGGCUAGCCAGACGAUAGAGUCCCAGCCCGCUCCGCCAGUGCAGCACCACCAACUGCCUCAGCACUCUGGCCUCGCGCCACAGGGGUACGAGUCUGCGUCCAUUCACGGCUCCAUCCCCCCUUCGGAGGGACAGGUUCACAAGCCGGUGCAGCCUCAAUACAGGUUGCAGGCCAAGAUUACUGGCCUGGAACGCACCGGCAAGAAAGACCCGCUGCUACGAUUUGACAUCUACACUAACCUUCCUCGAUUCCGCACAUCCCAAUAUCGUGAUGUCCGCCGCCUGCACUCCGAGUUUGUAAAGCUUGCCGAGCACCUCAUCUCCGCCAACCCCGAUGCCUUUGUACCAGCCGUGCCACCAGCCGUUACUUCAGCGGGAGCGGGGACCGACGAGGACGAAACUCGAGUCAAGGCUUUGAUGCAAAGGUGGUUCAACUAUGUUUGCAACAGCGAGAUCUUAAUGAGAGACGACGAGAUGAUACUCUUUGUCGAGUCGGACUUUGGCUACAGCCCAUUGGUCAAGAUGAAGCAGCCUGCCACGGGUGUUCGCCGAAAGAUUCUCAAGCAGUUUGCCCCGCCACCCGACGAUACGCCCGAACUCGCCGAUGCACGUCCUGCCGUCAAGCUAUUCUACCUAGGCACCAUGGAUGCCGGGCACAAGGUCGAUAAACUGGUCAAGGCCAGACGAGGUCUUGGUCUGGCCGAGUCUGAUUUUGGGGUCAAGCUUGGAGGGAUGCAUGUUCAAGAACCCCACCCUGGUUUAGCCAAUGCCUACAGAAAGCUGGGCAAAGUCAUUCAAAAUGUGGGAGACUACCAUGCCGCGCAGGCUACUGCCGAGGCAUCCACAAUCGGGGACCCAUUCCAAUAUCACUCUCAGGAUGCCUUUAUCGUCAAGGAAACCCUGACGAACCGACAAAUCCUUACCAGAGAGUUUAUUCAGGCUCAAGAAGCUACGAGAAGCAAGCUCAAUGCUGCAGAUCGCCUCAAGACUAGCAGCAGCGUACGCCGUGAAAAGGUUGACGAGGCUAUUGCAGCUCUUGACGAUGCGCGUGAGACGGAAGCCUAUCUGUAUAGCAAGACCCACAGGGUAACGCAGAACUUGCUUCAGGAGCGCCGGAAGUGGUUCUCACGGACAGCUACCGAUUUGCGUCUUAGCAUCAGGGAGUUUGUUCUGCGCGAGAUUGAGGCCGAGAGACGCACGUUAUCCGUACUAGAGAGCGUCCGCGCCGACAUUCGCGCGAUUGACGCAUCGGGCGGCCUAAGCCGACUGGGCCGUGAAGCUCAUCCUGUGAUCCGCCGCACCAGCCUAGCCGCCAGCCAAGGCCCCAAGGGCGACGCGUGGAGCGGCGUGCCGCGCCGCGUAGACACGGCGAACCGCAGCACCUCGUCGAGCUUCAUGGGCAAACUGCCUGAGGACAAUGAGGCUGACGACGCGCCGCAGGACGCCGCCGCCGGCGGGCGGGCCAGUCUGGCCGGCGUGACCGAGGAGGAGGACGAUGACCGCAUCGAUGCCAGAAAUGCCGCGAGCCGUCUGGCGACGAGCACUUUCUGA